GCGUCCAUGUCCACCACAGAGUGGAGAGCGGUGUCUUAUGGUAUCGCUGUGUUGUUUGGCUUUCUGCUUGCCAUCCUAUUCAUUGACUCCGAACACCUUCCGGACGUCGUGCUGCUAUUAGAGAGUAUUUCUGUUUGGACCCUGAGGUUCCACCCAAAUCCAAUGUGAUACGUAAUGCGUCAGCCAACUUUUAAAGACCUGCAUAGGCUUGAACAAGCUCUUCCUGUUCGACGUCCUAAGUUUUGCUGUCCACCAUGACGAAAAACAGAACGAAAGAAAGCGUCCGGCAAACAAAUAACCGGCAUUCGUCCUUUCAUGGAUACCAGCUCGCAGUAAUCGCUCAAGUGAUCUUGGCGGCAAUCUUCUCGUACACAUUCAUAUUACAAACCGACCACCACUUCAGUGCUCCGUCACCGACCUGUGGGCAAUGGCCGCUGCUGCAUGCUUUUCGGCUUCUACCACUGUCAGCCAUACCUUUACUAUUAGGAGUUUUUUUGGUCGGUAUUUUACGAUUCUUAACACCUGCCAUCGACCCGACAGUUAGCCCCAUUGGCAGAAAUCACACGAUGGAUGUGUUCCAACGUUACCUGCAGAACACCGUCGAGCAGUUUAUGCUUCACUUUGGCGCAGUAACUGGAUUAGCUGCGUGGGACGAUUGCAAGCAUGUUCUACCUCUUGUGAUGCUGUUUGUCAUUGCACGGGUAAUCUUUCUAUUGGGUUAUUUGGCGACUAGUGACGGAAGGUACCGGGGAGUUGGAUUUGCGAUGACGGUAUGGCCUACCGUUUGGGCAUUGGGCCGGUGCUUAUUGUACAUUUUGAAGUUUGCUUGGCGUCGAGAUUAAUGGCACAACUCUCAUGCAACCGUCCAGUGUUGUCUUUAGAGAAUAGCAGGCAAAUCCCAA